AUGACGGUGGUGGUUCGGACGAGGACGGUGUGUCGGCGUUGUUCUGCAGUUGGAGGGUAUGUGAGUGGAUCACUGGAGCUAGGCAUUGGUCAUGAAUCCAGUAGCCUCCUGACUGAAGAGCAGUUAGAGUGUUCUAUCUGUCUGGAAGUGCUCACUGAUCCCGUCACCACUCCAUGUGGACACAGCUUCUGCAAGAGCUGCAUUACACAAAGCUGGAAUAAGAGUCAACAUUAUUAUUGUCCAUUUUGCAAAGAGAAAUUCACCAAGAGACCUGAACUCAAGAUUAAUAUAACACUGAGAGAGGUUGCAGAUCACUUCAAGAAGAAACAUGCCCUUGACCAACCCGAGGUUCUUUGUGAUGCCUGCACUGGUGUGAAACAAAAAGCCAUAAAAUCCUGUCUGGAUUGUGGUGUGACUUUCUGUUCGUUUCAUUUAGAGCCUCACAUUAAUGUUCCAAAAUAUAAGAAACACAAACUAAUCAAAGCAGUGAAGAACCUGGAUAAAUACAUUUGCCAGAAGCAUGAGAAACCUCUGGAGCUGUUCUGUAGAGAUGAUCAGAAGUGUGUGUGCCAGUUCUGCACUGAGGGAGACCACAAGAAUCACAGUAUUAUUCCAUUAGAGGAGGAGAGUGGACAGAGGAAGAGUCAGCUGGGAAAAACACAGAUGAAGCUGCAGCAGAUGAUCCAGGAGCGACUGAAGAAGAUCCAGGAGAUUAAUCACUCAGUAGAGCUCAGCAAAAGAAGCAUAGAGAAAGACAAAUCAGAGUGUGUUGACGUCUUCACUGCUUUGAUUCGCUCCAUUGAGAGGACUCAGGCUGAGCUGUUGCGGGUGAUGGAGGAGAAGCAGAAAGCAGUGGAGAAGCAGGCUGAAGGACUCAUUAAAGAGCUGGAACAGGAAAUCAAUAAGCUAAAGAGGAGAAACACUGAGCUGGAGCAGCUUUCACACACUGACGAUCAUAUCCAUCUCAUACAGAUUUACCCGUCACUGUGCAUCGCUCCUCACACCAAGAACUGGACUGAGAUCAGGAUUAACACUGAACUGAGUUUGGAUGCUCUGAGGACAGCUCUGUCUCAGCUUCAGCAGUCUCUGAAUGAUAAACUGAAGGAAACUGUCUCCACAGAACUGAAGAGGAUUCAGCAGUAUGCAGUGGAUGUGACUCUGGAUCCUGAUACAGCUUAUCCUUUUCUCAUCCUGUCUGCUGAUGGAAAACAAGUAACAUAUCGAGACACAAAGCAGAAUCUCCCAGACACACCAAAAAGAUUCACUUAUUAUGCAAUAGUCCUGGGAAAUCAGGGUUUCUCCUCAGGGAGAUUUUACUAUGAGGUGCAGGUCAGUGGGAAGAAUGACUGGGAUUUGGGAGUGGUCAUAGAGUCUGUUAACAGGAAGGGGGAAAUUGAGGGAAUGAAACCCCAGGAAGGAUUCUGGACCAUGGUUCUGAGAAAUGGAAACAGCUAUAGAGCUUGUGAAGAUUCCAGUAUCUCCCUCUCGCUGAGAGAGAAACCCCAGAAGGUGGGAGUGUUUGUGGAUUAUGAGGAGGGUCUGGUCUCUUUUUAUGAUGUUGAAGCUAGGUCUCAUAUCUACUCUUUCACUGGUCAGUCUUUCACUGAGAAACUCUAUCCGUACUUCAGUCCUGCUGAUAAUGAUGGAGGUAAAAACUCAGCACCACUGAUCAUUUCUCCUGUCAUAAAAACUGAAUAA